AUGACCCCAACAUUGAAUAUCUGGACAACGUCGUCCAGCCGCAGCUUUCACACUUCGGUGGCAAAGCUAUACAAGCUCACGCAGACUCCGUCAGAGGCUCAGUACUACCGUGAUGGCACAACGCCAGAUCCUGAUGGGCACGUCCUUUCACUUAGAGAUGAGCUCCAGAUGGCGGACAAGAUCGCCUUCCUCGCUCAUUGGGAAGAGGGUGUCCGCAAGGUUUCGGCAGUGACUCUCGAGGAACAGCCCUCCGGUCUCGUCGUCGUACUCGCAAGCAACUCUACCCCGUCGCGAUCCAUCAUUGCCGGCUUGAGAGACAUCUUCGCCAAAGUAUGCCAGUAUUCUGUACUGAGGAAAGGGCGUCAAAAUUUCUGCCGGAGCCUUUUUCUUGAAGUUCUCCGAAUUAGUCAAGCGAGAAUUCUUGGUCGUAUCCGGCCACCCUGGGUGCAGCAGCCUUCUCACAUCAAACCCCCACGACCAUUUCUCAAAGGUCAGAUUAUGGAUUUUGCAAAGCAGCUUAAGAAACGACUGAUGUCGGCGCCACAGCUGCAAGUCACCUACGAUCGAGUCUGCGAGCUUAUUGAGUCCCUGCAGCCUUUAAAUACAAGCUCGAACAUGACCGAGUUGACAGGGUUCUUGAGUCCGUUAUCAUGA